UCUAUUUUUGCGUGACGUGAUGUAUUUUGUCAUUUUUUGGUCGACAAAGUUUUGAUUUUUAAGGAAAAGCGUUUAAAAAAUACUGUGUUUAGUUUAAGUGCGUGUUUUAGAUGAAAUGAAAGUGUGUUAGUAAUAAAUUGUGUUUAAAAUGGAAGAAGACUUGGGUAGAAUAAAAUCUUUACCAUUGUCAUAUCUUCCUCUAAGAACUCGCGAAUUGUUAUCAUGCCUGUUGGAUACUCCAAAAAUCAUCCCAACCGAUGGACCUGUGAAGCUGCCCAGAGACUGGCGGGGCUUGGCUGACUUAGUCAAUGUGUCGUCUGAAAGGGCCGCCUACAUCCGCUUACAACCACAAAAGACUGUGAAAGUAUUGGAAAUAUGGCAGAAAGACAGCUCAGCAACAGUUGGACACUUGAUGCAGCAUUUGGAGCGCUUAGACCGCUUCGAUGUGUAUGAUGACUUAUGUGAUGAUCUCAAAGAAGCAAUUAGUAAGGGAGAACUCUUAGAUAAGCCACAAGCAAAUGAACAAAAUCAAAUAGCAAUAAAUAACAACCACAUUAACAACAAUCACCACAAUAUCAGAUCCAAUGAUGAAGAGAGAGAGUUUGACCCUAUAACAUUUGAUGAUGGCCCGGAUUAUGAGCACCACUAUGAUGCAUUCGUGCUAUAUGCUAAGGAAGAUCAGCAGUUUGUUAAUGAACUGCUGUCUAGAAUGAGUGCUGAAGGGUUUCAGCUGUGCACGGAGGACAGGCUACAGCCGGGCCACGCGACGCCAUAUGCUCCUAUAACGAAGCUCAUGUUGGAGCGGUGCAAGAGAAUUAUCCUCAUCUGCUCGCCAGACUUCCUACUCGUCGAGUCUAAUAAGUACUACAGCGAAUAUGCACAGGCUGUCAGCAUUGAGUCACACAACCACAAGAUCAUCCCGAUAAUGUACCGCGAGUGUAAACUACCAUCGAAUCUGGCGUUCGUCCACAAACUGUACUACAAUAAAAACGAGAACAUGUACGACUUCUGGCGGAAACUGAAGCAGUCGCUUCAAACCGCACGAGACACCCCGAUUAGACCACGGAUCGCUAACAAUAACAAUGUAACCGUAAGCAGACUGAACAGUACAACAGUACCACAGGUGAAUAUCGUGGAACUGUUGCCGAGCAAUGUCAUCCCGGAUUACUCGGACGACCAGCUAUUCCUCCCGAGUCCUCCAACCGCGAGCCUUUCCAUGAGCUCGCUGAACGUUAAAGCUGCAGCUGACACCAACUCCUUGAGUAGCAUGAGCCAGCAAAGUGUGACUAGUAGCAAAAAGAAGAAGAAAUCUAAAAUCAUUCGACGUGUUCUCAAAUACUUUCGACCCUCAAAGUCCGAAGAAGCUAUAAUGGUGGCCCAUUAAUACCCGCUGUAUGCACUUGGGUAAUCAUUACGAAGUGUUAUUUUUAAAUCCCAAUUUAAAAGUACACACUUUAUGAAGGUUGCAAACUCUCGGAAUGCCUUGCAUUGUGAUAAUUGACUAUGCUUAUAAUGCGCAUGUUCGAAAUAAGAGAAAACUAUAAAACACAAAAAAACAUAUUGUCAUAAUACUAGGAACUAUUUUAUCUUCUAAGUUACAUUGUAUUUAGGUCUAUUAUUGUGUAGCUUGCUCAAACAUGUACUGCUUGUCCCUCAGCCACUCGGGUGUAUUUCUCAUUCGUACAUCUGUCGUAAUCUCUCCGUACAUUUUUUCAUGUGCUAAUAACAAUUACAAUGUACUUUUAAGAUAUACCGCCGUACUCAGAGUCAUUUAGUUCACUUAGUCCUUAGCAAUUCUUUUAGGAAGAAAUUCGUUACUAAAGAAUGGUUUAAGUGAUCAUUAAAUAUGUCUUAGUACGGCAGUAAGUCGCGUAUCUUUCUCAUGUUGCCUUAUCUUCUCAAUUUUACUACUAUAAUCGUGGCUAGAAAUAAGUUGUAAGAAUAAAGUAAAUAUAAAGACGAGAUAUUUUAGAUUAAUGUAAAAGAGAAACAUAUUUUGUAAAGUUGUUAUUAAAUUAAGUAUUUUUAGAUAUUUUAUUAGAUAAAAGAAUUAUAUUAGAUACGCAUCGUGGUUAUGUUGAUAACCUGUAUGCGGAGUUGCGGAUUAUAUUUCGAUAUAUCCAAUUCGAGCACAGCCGUGCGUCGCGAUAUGUAUACUGACUUGGUGAACAGGGCAAGAAUCAUUAUCAAAUCUGUUCGCCUUAUAUUUACUUGAUUAUAUUUAAUUAUCUAUGAAGGACAUCCACUAAUCUGGUUUUAUAAGAAUCGCGGUUAAAUUCUCGUCAAGUUUCGAUACAAAAGGAGUUAUGAGCACAAAAUGGAAUUUAUAUUUAAGCUUCCGUUAGACGGAUCAAUAUUGUGAUUUUAUAUAAAUAUACAAGAGUUCGCCUUUUUGUAAAUUUUACUGAAGAUAUGUUUUAUCAAGUUAUUUGUAAUUAUAUUAAUUGAUACGUUACCUACAAUCGUAUUUUAUUGGACAAUUCU